CCGAGCUGGCCCGCCUCGCAAGUAGAGGCGGAGCUUCUGGGAGCCUUCGGCAGGGCGGGGGCCUGGUUGGAGCACCUCCUCCUCGACGUGGUCUGCGUGAUAAUGGGGCGUUGGGUGGAACGUGCCUUCUGCCGCCUUCGCUGCUGCGGGGCUCGGAGAAGCGCGGCUGCUUGUGCAUUCCCGACCACGAUCUCCAGAUUUUAAAAUUCCAGGUGGAAAAGGCGUUGACAUUAGCUUUGAAUGUGUCAGCGACGCGUUCGGAAGUCGGGGCGCAGCGUAAGGUGAGGCUGCCGGCAGCAUCUUGGCACCAUGAGUUACUCUGGCCAAGGCUCCCCGCUGAGCCCGGAGCCUAACGGCCGGGGCGGCCGAAGCGCCUGGGAACUGAGUUCCGAGGCGGUUUACAGUGGUGUAUGCUGCUACGAGCACCUCCCCGGCGGAGACCGGACGGAUGCCGAGGUGACCUUGGCCCUACUGGGCGGGGAUCCGGGGCUGCCCCUGGCGCAGGGCUUGGAAGAGCAUAGCCAUCACUUGACUCUGGAUUCCUGCCUCAGCGACGAGACCUACGACUUCAGUUCGGCCGAGUCAGGCUCCUCCCUCCGCUACUACAGCGAAGGCGACAGCUGCGGCGGCGGCGGCGGCGGCAGCAGCUCCUCCUCGCUGCUGAUGCCCCCGCAGACCCAGCCGUCGUCUCUGCACUCGUCCAUCUCAAGCGGUGCGGUGGCGACGGCUGCGGGUCCGGGGGAGAGGAAGCGAUCGCGCUCGGACUGCUCGGCUUCUCGGCAUCGUUAUGAAGUGGUGGCCGAGUUGGGCCCGGAGGAGGUUCGCUGGUUCUACAAGGAAGAUAAGAAAACCUGGAAGCCCUUCAUCGGCUAUGACUCUCUCCGCAUCGAGCUGGCCUUCCGGAACCUGGCUCAGGUGACUGACAACAGGCCGCGGGCCCUGCGAGGGCAGACGGCUCCAGCCUCGAGCUCUGGGGAAGAGGACGAGGACAGCGCCUGCGGCUACUGCCGGAGCGCUGUCCUGAGCGAGCCCGAGCUGGAGGAGCUGGUCCACAUCGAGCCGGUGUGCGUCCGAGGCGGGCUCUACGAGGUGGACGUGGCCCAGGGCGAGUGCUACCCCGUCUACUGGAAUCAAAGUGACAAAAUACCAGUAAUGCGUGGACAGUGGUUCAUUGAUGGUACUUGGCAACCACUAGAAGAGGAAGAAAGCAAUUUAAUUGAACAAGAACACCUUAAGUGUUUUAAGGGUCAACAGAUGCAAGAAAAUUUUGAUGUUGAAAUGUCAAGACCCAUAGAUGGAAAAGAUGGCAGUGGAAUCAGCUAUGCUGUUGUCUACCACCUCCCUCCCUUCUCCCUCCCUUUGUUCAAAUGGAGAGGAUAUAAGGAGAGUGCAGAUGCUGCAUGUCUUAAAAGAAAGCGUUCCCAAGCUAUUCAUAGUUUCAAGUUGAGUCGCAACCACGUGGACUGGCAUAGUGUGGAUGAGGUAUAUCUUUACAGUGAUGCAACAACAUCUAAAAUUGCACGAACAGUUACACAAAAGCUGGGUUUUUCUAAAGCUUCAAGUAGUGGGACCAGACUCCAUCGAGGCUAUGUAGAAGAAGCUACCUUAGAAGACAAGCCCUCACAGACUACUCAUAUUGUAUUUGUUGUGCAUGGCAUUGGGCAGAAGAUGGACCAAGGAAGAAUAAUAAAAAAUACAGCCAUGAUGAGAGAUGCUGCGAGAAAAAUAGAAGAAAAGCACUUUUCUAAUCAUGCAACACAUGUUGAAUUUCUGCCUGUUGAGUGGAGAUCAAAACUUACUCUUGAUGGAGACACUGUUGAUUCUAUUACUCCUGACAAAGUACGAGGAUUAAGGGAUAUGCUAAACAGCAGUGCGAUGGACAUAAUGUAUUAUACAAGUCCACUUUAUAGAGAUGAACUAGUUAAAGGUCUUCAGCAGGAGCUGAAUCGAUUGUAUUCGCUUUUCUGUUCUCGGAAUCCAGACUUUGAAGAAAAGGGGGGUAAAGUCUCAAUAGUGUCACAUUCUUUAGGAUGUGUGAUCACUUAUGACAUAAUGACUGGCUGGAAUCCUGUUCGACUUUAUGAGCAGCUAAUGCAGAAGGAAAAUGAACUACCUGAUGAGCAAUGGACAAGCUAUGAAGAACGACAUCUCCUGAAUGAACUCUAUCUAACUAAGCAGCGGUUGAAAGAAAUAGAAGAAAGAUUGCAAGGAUUGAAGACAUCAACUAUAACACAAACACCUGCUUUAAAAUUUAAGGUUGAGAAUUUUUUCUGCAUGGGAUCCCCACUAGCAGUUUUUUUGGCAUUACGUGGCAUCCGUCCAGGGAACAGUGGAAGUCAAGACCACAUUUUGCCUAGAAUCAUAUGUAACCGGUUACUAAAUAUUUUUCAUCCCACAGAUCCAGUUGCUUAUAGAUUAGAACCGUUAAUUUUGAAACAUUACAGCAACAUUUCACCUGUCCAAAUCCAUUGGUAUAAUACUACAAAUCCUCUACCUUAUGAACAUAUGAAGCCAAGUUUUCUCAACCCUGCAAAAGAACCUACCUCAGCAUCAGAGAAUGAGAAUUUGUCAGCAGUAUCAAGCCCGGUGACUUCACCUGUCAUGUCUCGACGGCAUUAUGGGGAAUCUAUAACAAAUAUAGGCAAAGCCAGCAUAUUAGGAGCUGCUAGCAUUGGGAAAGGUCUUGGAGGAAUGUUGUUUUCAAGAUUUGGACGUUCUAGUAGUUCAUCCCCAUCACAGCCAUCAGACACAUCAAAAGAAGUAACAGAAGAAGAAAAGAAGUCUGUUACCCUACCAGUCAGCACCACUAUGGCCACACAGACUUUUCCACACAGCAGUUCUGGUUUUCUCGAUUCUACAUUGGAACUGGACCACAGGAUUGAUUUUGAACUCAGAGAAGGCCUUGUGGAAAGCCGAUACUGGUCAGCUGUGACAUCACAUACUGCAUAUUGGUCAUCCUUGGAUAUUGCCCUCUUUCUUUUAACUUUCAUGUACAAACAUGAACAAGACAAUGAUGCAAAGCCAAAGUUAGAUCCAAUCUGAACUUCUGAAGGAACUUUAAUGGCACAGAAUUGAUGCUUGUUAAAAUUCAGUAUGUUUAAGACACAGAGGUUUCAGGUUUACGUAUGUUUCAAUUUUAAUGGGGCAAGAAAUAUUUGUAUUUAAAAGCACCUUAUUUUUAUUUUCAAAAAAAUAUUCAGUCCUAACCUACAUGAGUUAAUUUCAAAUUUUCAGAUACCACUCUAUAUGGUAUCACACAGGAAUGUUUACUAAGGAAGACUUGAGAGCUGUGUGGUAACAAUGAUAAAACUGUUAAGUUAAUUUUAGUAUAAAGAUUCAUUAUCCAAUGGAAUCCAAUUAGUUAACUAAAUACAUGCACCUAAAAGUUUAUUUUAUGUAAGAAUAAAAAAAGGCUGUGUUUUAAAUUAAAAACUACAUUUUCCACAGUAACAUUGAGGCCAUUCUAACUACAAAUUUAGAUUUUGUUGAAUUUAACUUAGAUAACUAAUGUUUAAAAAACAAACAAAUGGCUAACUACUGGAUUUAUAAUUUAUUACCUCUAAUUAUUCAAAUGUUUGAAGCAUUACGUUAAAAAAAAACUUCACUGGGCAUAAUAAGAAGCAUAUUUCUUUUCUACAGUGUUUUUUUUUUUCAGAAAAAAAUCUUUGUACUCUUCACUUGAAUAUAGACAGUAUGAAAAAUUUUCAUUAUUUUUUUCAUUAAAAAAACUGUAGUUUCACACAAAUAAUAUUCUAGUUCAGUUCUUUUUCCCUGUAAAACUCUGUGAUUAUUUAAGGCAUAUAUGCAGCAUAAGAGAACUUUUAAAAGAUAAUUCGUUAAAAGCUAUAAGUAAAAAAAUUCAUAUCUCCCAAAAUUAAGUGAAUAUAUGAAAUUCUACUAAAAUAUAUUUUCCAGAUAUUUAGGUAAUAUCAAAAUUUAAGAUAACAGAUUUGGAUUACAGUUAUUAAGGCGCUAGAAGAGUUUUCCUUAAGGUAAACAUUUUCCAAAGUGCUUUUCAUCUGAGGAGCUCAAAGCACUUUAAAAACCAUUCAGUAAUCCUCACAGUAGUUCUCAGAAGUAAAUAAAUUAAUAUUGUUCACAUUUUGCAGAUGAGUAAACUGAGGCACCAAGGUUUUUUUAAGUGCCUUGAACUAGAUUACAUAAAUUAUAAAAUAGAUUGCAGCCAAAUUUCUUUCUUCAAGACCAAUUCACAUUCUGAUUUGUAACCUGUUUGAGGUCUGAAAAUUAUACUGGUGUAUGUUGCACCCUCAUAGUUUACAAAAAAAUAGCCAUGGGAUCAACACUCUCCCCAUUCCAUUCUUGUAAAUACGUCACAUGAGAAUGAGAUAUUUAAAAGGUGAUUGACAGAAAAGAAGCUAUCUGCCUCACCUUCCAUAUCAUCCCUAUUUUAUCCAUCCCUCAGGAAUAGUACUGUGUGAAGACAUCUCUGAUUAUCUUUGUGUGUUUUAAUGCAUAUAUACAUACAUACAUACAUACAUACAUACAUAUGUGUAUGUGUAUAUGUAUAUGUAUGUGUGUUUGUGUAUAUAUAUUCACACAUAUAAGUGUCAGUCAUAUUUUCUGUUUUGGCCUUUCCAUAAAUUUAUAUGAAGGAAACCAAUUAUUUGAAGGUUCAAAAAAUAAUAAUAAAACCAUAUUGCCUACUAGCAUAUGAUUCAUUAAGAAAGCUUUGCUGUAAAAAGCUAUUAAUGAGAUCCUAACAAUGCUGAAGCAGUUCUCUUUCAAGUUUAGAAAUUCCCAUGAACUCGGGUCAUUUCCUUUGCCUGUUUAUUUUCUUGGGUCCCAUUCAAUUCUCAGGAAAAACAAACAUAUCUCAAACAACUGGCUGAAUCAUUCAUAAGGUACUUGAAAGCAUUUCUCUGUGUGUGGUUUGACACUUACCCUGAACUGAUGUAGAGUUUUUCUUGGUAGUUGGAAUGCAAAGCCUUCUUUUUACCUAAAAAAGAGUGAAAGACUAUAAUGUCCAUUUGAUUUGAUUACAGUGAAAGGAAGACAUUCAUCCAACUAUGGAAGAGAUUUGUUUUAUUUUGUUUUGUUCCAUAUCAAGAAAGUCACAUGAAGUUAAGCUUUUUUGAUGUUUUGGCGUUCCAUACGUGAGAAAGAUCAGGUUGCUUAUUGUAUUUUAUCUUUAAAUGAGAUCUUCUGACCAUCAUAAGCUUCUUUUCUUUUUAAUCUGAGAGGAUUAUGUAUAUUGGUAAACACUACAGUUUUGAUUUUAUAGGACUGUACUUGUUUCUAUAGCUCUGCAUGUGUUCAUGGGAUGUACCUGUACAUACUCAAGUAACACACAGUAUGUGUAGUUCAGGUUUGAUUUAACUGUCAGUUACUGGGUAACAUUUUUGCAUCCUUAUUUGAGCAACUAUAAAAUUGGCCACAAAUUUAUUUGUUAUUUAGUGUAUAUCUAUGGUGAUUAUCCCAGGUACUGUUCAAAUAAUUCCAUCUUGUUAUAGUUUCCCAAAAGCUAUUAAAAGUUACAGUGGAGAAACAUAUUGAUUGGAAAUCGUGCCAUUAAAGAAUAUUUUAACCAUU